AUGGCGGAGCCACGCAGAGUAGCGUUUAUUAGCCUGUCACCGGUGAGGCGGCGCGAGGCCGACUACCCGGGGGCCGAACGCGAGCCCGAAUACCCUCGCGAGCCCCCCCGGCUGGAGCCGCAGCCGUACCGCGAACCGGCCCGGGUGGAGCAGCCCGCCCCGCGGGAGGCUACCCCCAGGUCGGACGCACAGCCCCCACCGCGGGAGAAACCGCUCCCCCAGCGCGAGGUCAGCCGCGCCGAGCCGCCCAUGUCGCUGCAGCGGGAGCCCCCGCGGCCCGAGCCGCCGCCGCCGCCGCCGCCGCCGCUCUCUCAGCUGCACUUGCAGCCGCCCCCGCCGCGAGAGUCGGCUUCCCGGGCCGAGCCGCAGCAGAGGCCGCCGAGGGAGACAGUGCGCCUGGAGCUGGUGCUCAAGGAUCCCACCGACGAGAGCUGCGUGGAGUUCAGUUACCCGGAGCUGCUGCUGUGCGGAGAACAACGGAGGAAGCCCAUUCACACAGAAGACCCAUUUAAUGAUGAGCAUCAAGAGAGGCAAGAAGUGGAAAUGUUGGCUAAGAAGUUUGAAAUGAAAUAUGGUGGGAAACCCCGUAAACACCGGAAGGAUCGGCUACAAGAUUUAAUUGAUAUAGGCUUUGGCUAUGAUGAGACAGAUCCAUUUAUUGAUAACUCAGAGGCUUAUGACGAGUUAGUUCCUGCUUCUCUAACAACAAAAUAUGGAGGCUUUUACAUCAACACUGGCACUCUGCAGUUUCGCCAAGCUUCAGAUACUGAAGAAGAAGAUACUACAGACAACCAAAAGCACAAGCCGCCCAAAAUUCCCAAAAUAAAAGAAGAUGAUAUUGAAAUGAAGAAGCGGAAGCGGAAAGAGGAAGGGGAAAAGGAGAAGAAGCCAAGGAAAAAAGUACCCAAACAAUUGGGAGUUGUGGCUCUGAAUUCCCACAAGUCUGAAAAAAAGAAGAAACGUUAUAAAGAUUCUCUUUCUCUAGCUGCCAUGAUACGAAAAUUUCAGAAAGAGAAGGAUGCAUUGAAGAAGGAGCCUAACCCCAAAGUCCCAGUGAACUUAACGACCUCCUCUCUGAAUAAACCCCCCUCCACUGCUGUAGCAUUGGGAAAUGAUGUCCCGGACUUAAAUCUGAACAGUGCUGAUCCAGACCUCCCCAUUUUUGUUGGCACAAAUGAACAUGAACUGUUUCAGGAAGCUGAAAAUGCCCUAGAGAUGCUAGAUGAUUUCGACUUUGACAGAUUACUGGAUGCUGCUUCUGAUGGUAGCCCCCUCUCUGAGUCAGGGGGAGAGAAUGGAAACACCACCCAGCCAACCUAUGCCUCUCAGGUUAUGCCCAAGGUAGUGCCUACACUCCCAGAGGGUCUGCCUGUCCUUCUUGAAAAACGCAUUGAAGACCUCCGUGUAGCUGCCAAACUUUUUGAUGAAGAAGGAAGGAAAAAGUUCUUUACACAGGAUAUGAAUAAUAUUCUUCUGGACAUUGAGUUACAGCUACAGGAACUAGGCCCUGGCAUUCGUAGUGGUGUCUACUCCCAUCUUGAAGCUUUUGUGCCAUGUAAUAAAGAAACACUGGUAAAACGUCUAAAGAAGUUACAUCUCAACGUCCAGGAUGAUCGUUUAAGAGAACCUCUGCAAAAACUGAAACUGGCUGUUAGCAACGUGAUGCCUGAACAGCUAUUUAAAUACCAGGAGGACUGCCAAGCUCGUAGUCAAGCUAAGUGUGCCAAGUUACAAACAGAUGAAGAACGAGAAAAAAAUGGAUCCGAGGAAGAUGAUGAUGAGAAACCAGGGAAACGUGUCAUAGGACCAAGAAAGAAAUUCCACUGGAAUGACACCAUCAGAACUUUGUUAUGUAACCUUGUUGAGAUCAAAUUGGGAUGCUAUGAGUUAGAGCCAAAUAAAAGCCAGUCCGCUGAGGAUUAUCUUAAAUCCUUUAUGGAGACAGAGGUGAAACCAUUGUGGCCUAAGGGCUGGAUGCAGGCAAGAAUGCUUUUUAAGGAAAGCCGGAGUGUACAUAAUCAUCUUACUUCUGCUCCGGCAAAGAAAAAGGUGAUUCCUGCACCUAAACCCAAAGUGAAGGAGUGUAGUCCAAAAAAGGACCAGAAAACUCCUGCAUCGUUGGUGGCUUCAGUUGGUGGUCCCUCAACGAGCUCUAGCACAUCUGCCGUGGCCUCCACCAGCUCUAGCUCCACACCAGCCCAGGAGACGAUCUGCCUUGAUGACUCACUAGAUGAAGACCUUUCUUUCCAUCCACCUGCACUGGAUCUUGUUUCUGAAGCUUUAGCUGUUAUCAACAAUGGGAACAAAGGCCCUCCAGCUGGCUCAAGGAUAAGCAUGCCAACUGCAAAACCUCGUCCAGGACUGAGAGAAGAAAAAUUAGCAAGUAUCAUGAGUAAGUUGCCGCUGGCUGCUCCUAAAAAACUAGAUUCUCCUCAGACUGCACAUUCAUCAAGUCUUAUUGCUGGUCAUACAGGGCCAGUACCAAAGAAACCCCAGGAUUUAGCUCAUACUGGCAUCUCUUCAGGCCUUAUUGCUGGUUCUUCAAUUCAGAACCCUAAAGUUUCCUUGGAACCUUUGCCAGCCAGGCUGCUUCAACAAGGACUACAGAGGUCGAGUCAGAUUCAUGCUUCUUCCUCUUCCCAGACCCAUGUGUCCUCUUCCCAAGCCCAAGUUGCUGCCUCUCACGCUCUGGGGACACCAGAGGCCCAGGAUGCUUCUUCGUUAACACAAGUAACAAAGGUGCACCAGCAUUCAGCUGUCCAGCAAAACUAUGUGUCUCCAUUACAAGCAACCAUUAGUAAAUCACAGACCAACCCAGUGGUGAAGUUAAGUAAUAAUCCCCAACUUGCCUGUUCAUCCCCGCUUAUUAAGACUUCGGAUAAGCCACUUAUGUACCGCCUUCCCUUAUCUACUCCCUCACCUGGAAAUGGUUCUCAAGGGUCCCACCCCCUGGUUUCUAGGACAGUACCCAGCACCACUACCUCCAGUAACUAUUUAGCCAAGGCUAUGGUGUCACAGAUGUCCACGCAGGGUUUCAAGUCUCCCUUCUCAAUGGCUGCAUCCCCCAAACUUGCCGCAUCUCCAAAACCUGCCACAUCUCCUAAACCCUUGCCCUCACCUAAGCCUUCCGCCUCACCCAAGCCCUCUCUGUCAGCUAAGCCUUCAGUAUCAGCGAAACUUAUUUCUAAGUCCAACCCCACUCCCAAGCCUCCUGUACCCCCAAGCUCUUCCAGUCCAAAUGCACUAGUAGCCCAGAGUAGCCACUCCAGCAGUAACAACCCAGUCCAUAAACAACCCAGUGGGAUAAACCUCAGCAGACAGUCGCCCACCUUGAAUUUGCUGCCCUCUAAUCGCACUUCAGGCCUUCCAUCCACAAAAAAUCUUCAGGCCCCUUCAAAGCUCACAAAUUCCUCAUCCGCUGGAACUGUUGGGAAGAAUAGCUUGAGUGGGAUUGCAGUCAAUGUACCUGCCAGCAGAGGUAGCAGCCUAAACUCAAGCGGAGCGAAUAGGACUAGUCUCUCUGGGGGAACAGGAAGUGGAACACAGGGUGCUACUAAACCGUCGUCUACUCCACAUAGACCAUCCUCUGCCUCAGGGUCUUCAGUGGUAACAGCCAGUGUGCAGUCCACAGCAGGAGCAUCAUUAUUGGCUAAUGCCUCACCUCUGACUCUCAUGACAUCACCUUUGUCUGUAACAAAUCAAAAUGUGACUCCUUUUGGGAUGCUGGGUGGCCUUGUUCCAGUGACCAUGCCCUUCCAGUUUCCCUUGGAGCUGCUUGGCUUUGGAACGGACACAGCUGGAGUGACAACCACCUCGGGAUCUACCUCAGCCGCUUUCCACCACAGCCUAACUCAGAAUUUACUAAAGGGUUUACAGCCAGGAGCUCAGCAUGCAGCAACACUUUCCCACUCACCUCUGCCUACACACUUACAGCAAACAUUCAAUGAUGGAGGCCAAAGUAAAGGGGACACUAAAUUACCACGGAAAUCUCAGUGACUUCCCAGCAAGCAAUGGAGAUGAGACACUCAGCCGGCGGAUGGAAUCUACCUGAUGGGAAAGUCCUCAUGUGGUCCUAGGGCUGCCGUUCUGUCGAUGUUUACAUUCUCUCGUCCCAAGCACUGUGGUGAGGAGGAAAAAAAGAAAAGAGAACGUUACUUGAGUAAAGCCAGGUGCAGGAGGAAGAAAUGCUUUCAUGCAAAGUUAGUGACCUUUGGUCUCCUCUAAAGAAAGACAAAGUUACCACAUUAACUGACUUGAAAGAGACUCAGUUGUCAAACCCACAGAAGUACAAAUUUGAUUUUUCCCCGGGGGAGGAAGAAGGAAUCUGAGGAUUUGGGUAUACUCCAUCCAUCCUGGGGGUUGGAUCUGAACACUUGUAGACAUACUUGCAUAAUAAAAGGCAAUAUAUCUGGAAUUAGGCCAGUUUGUCAGGAGUAACAAUCAUGUCUAUUUGAAUGGACUAUGCAGCAAAUUUGCCGCACCAAUUAAUGACCGUGUGUCUGAUACAGACAGUAGCUGAGUAAAUAUUGUACCCUCACAAAUCCUGAACAAACUUGAAUCUUCUCCAGUGUGUAGCAACUCCCCAUGUAAAUCAGUGGACUAAAUAUGCUUCAAGAAAUUUUAGCACAGUGAUAUAUAAAAUCAUCGAGAUUUUUAAAAGUCAAGAAAUUGAGCCUGUUGCUCUUAACAGAUGAAACUUAGAUGUCCCCUUUUUGUAAAAGGGUCAAUUUCAUCUUCCAUUCAGAAGCAGGUACUUCACUCUUCUUCAGGUGAUUUGUGCAUCUGGUAUUGACUGGUUAAUUCUUAUUUCCAUUCUUGAUGUUAAAAUGUGGCUUUGUUCACAUUUUUCUCUUCAGAAAUGGGGAUCUUUGAUGUAGGGCUGCGACUUUGGUGCUCUUAGCCCUUGCAGGCCUACCGCUCUGAACUGUAAAUUUCCCCAGCUUCCCCUCAAUUCACAACUUCUCCUGGUCUUUUAGCUAGUGGUACUUCAGGUGAUUCUUAAUUAUUGAUAUAGACAGGUGUAAGUGUGUACUGCACAUGCCUCUUCAUUGGUCAUUCAAAUGGCAUAUAUUAUAUUUUUGGAAUUUUUAAGAUAGUAUUUUAAAGGGAGGAAUUACAUUAGGAUCAUUAUGUGUACAAGGGAUUAUUUUUUAUAACAAUCACAAUGUAUUUUUACUCCCUGUAUCCAGUGUAGUGAAAUGGAUUUGGAGCAUUUGGGAUCUUAAAGCUUUAUUAAUAUUUACUGAGAAUAUUGAUAUGUGAGUAAACCUGCAGAUAAUAAUAAGACUGCUUAGUUAUUAUAGCUUCCUUAUGCAAAUACGUAUUCAACAAAGGAUGUUAAGGGAGAAAUUUAUGGUUCCUUUUGGAUACAUUUAAUUUUUUUUAUUUAUUUUUUGCCUCAUCAUUGGUCUUGUCUCUAUCAAUCUCUCUCACUCUCUUUUUU